AUGAAAGUCAGCUUCACACUGCUGAUGGUGGCGGUGGCGCUACUGUCGGCGCUGCCUGUAACUUCAAGCUCAAACCCUGAUGAAGUACGUCAGCAAGAGGCGACUACCGAGAUGAAGAUGGUCCAUCUGCGCCGGGCUCUGCAAGAAUCGGCGUUGAUUGUGGACGCUGCCAUCGAAUCGGGGAUCAUGUCGACCGGACCCCCGCUGAGCGACGCAGAGGGCUCUGAAGAGGAAGCGUGGACUCGAGCCCCGAUUUCGACUCGAGCUCCGAGAUCGACUCGAGCUCCGAGGAUCGACUCGAGCCCCGCCAAGCGAUUGGCUGGACUCUGA